AUGACUAUUCCGCGUAGUGAGAGUGAGAGAACGACGAGCCGAUCAUUCAAGAGCGCCUUCAGUUUAUGCCUAUACCUGGUCCAGUUAACGCAAGUGCUGGCUGGAACACAGUUCGCGUCACACGUCAGCAUCAACACUCCUGCGAGGAGUUUCAGCCAUGGAGUAGGGGACCCUGUGUCGUCGCUUGCGCGGAGGUCCUAUCACCCGGUUAGGACAGUCUCCAGGAGUUUGAGAAGACCGCAGCCAUCCCAGGCGCACGAAGGCGGCUACCCUCGAGUGCGGCCCACGAUACCAUUCAACGACGAAGAUACGAGGCGCGGGAACGCGCUGAAAUACCCCUUGUGGCAACAUAACAACUUUAUGGACGUGUCCAUCCCACUGCUGCCUCCGUCCCCUUACAAAGUGGACUCGCCAGACCCAGAGUCUCUGUGGCCCGAAGGCCUCUUCUUGCCUCCGGUCGGUCCUCCGAGAUUCGGGCACUCCAUAUCGCGAGCCGACGGCAGAGAUGCAUCGUCAGAAGCUGCACCCCAUGACCCAUACCUCCUGGAAGGUUCAGAAGCGAUAGCAGCAGUAACGAGAUCAAAUCGCCAUGGAAACCUCUUCUUCCACGAGAUCCCACACAUCCAGUCUUUACUAGAAAACCAAGAGUUGAGGAUCAGCAAUCAGCUCAAACCACACCGACUCGGCAGCAUACGCUACACCUGGCCGUUCAAUCGGCCAUAGCCUCCCAAAUAAAACAACUGCCAUGCAUGUAAACUGUAUUAUAUUUAAAAAACUGUAAAAAAUACUCAUUGAUAUAAUAAAGUCAUAAUUAUAUACACUAGCUGCAUUUGAAAAUAAAAAUAUACCUCAAUAAA